UACAAACCCCAAUGAAGGCCACGAUCUACCUUUCGUUGUUUCUGAUUGGUCUGCAGCUUCAUUAUUAUCACUUCACAGGACCUCAUGUUGUUCAAAGCAGUUAUCCAAAUAUUCAACAACAACAAUCUACUUUGGACCAAGAAUGUAACACUGGAGACAAUGUCUGGCACAAGAUAAUCCCUUAUAAUGCUGAUUUUGCAUUCAGAUUGUACAAAGAAAUGUCUUCCACUAUAGAAGACAAAAAUAUUCUUUUCUCUCCCAUCAGCGUUUCCUCAGCCCUCGCUAUGUUGUCCCUUGGAGCUAAAUCUGAAACCCAAAGUCAGAUAUAUGACGGAUUAGCUUUUAACCUUUCAGAGAUUGAGCAGAAUGAGAUACAUAAAGGAUUUUGUCAACUUAUGUACAGACACACCGUUAGAGCCUAUGUGAAAACAGGGAAUGCUUUGUUCUUAGAUAAGUCAUUGGAAGUUCUGCCUACAUUUCUGGAAGACGUCAGACACUUAUAUCAUGCUGAAGACUUUUCUAUAGACUUUCUGAAUAACACAGGAGCUAAACACCAUAUAAAUGAUUAUGUAAAGAACAAAACUGAAGGCACAAAAAUCAACACAGUAAAAUAUCUCAGUAAAAACACACGCAUGGUUCUUGUGAACUACUUUCUCUACAAAGGUGAAUGGGAAGAACGCUUCAUUCCUGAAUUAACCCUUGAAGAAGAUUUUUUUGCAUAUGGAAACACAACUGUCAAAUUAAACAUGAUGCUUAAUACGGCCUUAUACAAAUUUGUCCGUGAUGAAGAAUUGUUUUGCUCAGUGGUGGAAGUGCCUUUUUCAGGCGUUGCUGUAGCAUUGUUCAUCCUGCCAGACCAAGGAAAACUAAAAGAUUUAGAGAGUUCUCUUGUAAAAGAAGAUCUGGAUAAAUGGAGAACAUCUUUUCAAUACAAAGAUAUAAAAUUAUCAAUUCCAAAAUUCUCUGCUUAUCCAUCCUAUGAUGUCAAACGCUUUUUGCAGAGACUAGGCAUGAGAAAUGCCUUUAAUCAACAUGCUGAUUUUUCCAAGAUUGCAGCAAAACACAAUUUGAGAAUUUCUCAGGUACUUCAUGAAGUGAUGCUAGUUGUUAAUGAAGAAGGGGGUGUAGUAGCUGGUGCGAUGGGUCCAUCAUUCACAUUCUUUGCCGAUGAUCCCAUUUUUCUUCUCCCUACUCUCCCUCCCCCUCUUGUCAUGACAUUUAACCGACCCUUCCUAAUGUUUGUCAUUGAUAGCUCAACAGGAACCAUUUUAUUAAUGGGGAAAAUUGUGAUCCCCAACUAGAGAAUAAGUGUUACAUCACCAAUCAGAUGAUGAUAAUUACAGUCUGAAAGGGUGAUUAAAAAACAGAUGUUGACUUUUGCAUUACUCUUGUGUGUGUAUCAACUGAGCCCCAGGGUUUGUGUAAUAAAAUUAUUUUAAGGCAUUGCA